CCCGCUGUGAAAAUGAGACCCAAAGAAGGCGAAAAGAUUACUUUUUUUGCGCGGAAAAAAACAUUUUUGAGUGUUGUGUAAUUUGAUAAGCAGUAAAAAACAGUUGAUAUAUUCAAGUUACUUGCCACCAAACAGCCAAAUAAAUGAAAAUACGUCAGGAGUGUCCAAAUCAAGGACAGAUUGCGAGGUCACGAAAUAGAGGGGAAGCCAUUUUGCGUGGCAACAUACACGCCAGAAUCAGAACCAAAAUCCGAAUCCUCGGCGCUCCAGGUUCAAUAACAAUUACCACGCCAAGAUGGGCAGCAACUCCAAAGCGGAUCCCAUCUCGCUGACCUUCCACGACUCCUGCCUGCGAAUGUCUGAUGUCCAGCUGCUCCAUGGACCCCACUGGCUGAACGAUCAGAUCCUGAGCUUCUACUAUGAGUACCUGUCGCACAUGAAGUACAAGACGAACUCGGACCUGCACUUUAUCGCCCCGGAGGUGACGCAGUGCAUGAAGUACAUGGACAACCAGGAGCUGGAGCAGCUCCUCGACCAGAGCCAGGCCACUGGCAAACCCUUCAUUUUCUUUGCCCUGAAUGACAACGAGACCACCGAGGCCGGUGGCACCCACUGGUCACUGCUGGUCUUCUCGCGGCCGGAAAAGACAUUCUAUCACUUUGAUUCCUAUGGAAACAACAAUACGGGCAAUUCCGUGGAGCUGAUGAACAAGAUCAAGGAGCUGCUGGGCGUCCGUCUGGCCAAAUUCCGGCCCAUGCGCUGCCUCCAACAAGCCAACGGCUACGACUGCGGCAUCCACGUCAUCUGCAUGACAGACCACAUAGCCGACUACCUGAACAGGUACGAGGUGAUCGACGGACUGCCCUCACUGCACAUCGACACCGUCAAGGCCAAGCGCACCGAGCUGCUCAAGCUAAUCCUCUCGCUUGGCGGCAAGGGUUAGAGCAUGCGGGGGGAUUCACGGAUUCCUGGAUUCCCGCCGACAGCCAGUAGUUUUAAGAGACCAAAUUACGAAUGUAACUCGCACCUAGGUGUUGCUUGAGAAUGAGGGAGGGCAGCCACCGGAGGAGGCUCAUGUGAAUACGAUAUCCUUGAUAUUGCUAAUUUUAAUUUCCUUAGUUCCCCUUGACGAAUAAGAAUGUUUAUUUGAAAAGCAGUGCCAGGCACUGAAAAAAGAAAACAAUACAAGUCCACCAAUGGAGGGGUGCGUCGGCAUAUCUCUAUGUAUGGUCUUUCAAAUAAAAAUUGUUUACACGCAUAGCGCGUUGGAUUCGAA